AUUAUUUUUGUGUUUUUGACACCCUUAUCACGUUACGUACGUAACGUGCCCUAUCGUGAAAAAGACAUCCUUUUUACGUGUUUUUUUGGUCGCGCAUGGUAUCCACUCGUCAAUGUAAGUGGCCCCCCCCCGGGCUGCAGGCACAGACCCUGAUUGGAACUUUGAUCAAUAAGUGUGCCUCCACGCAAAGACUAGCACAUACAAAACUUGCUGUUCCAAUGAAGCCUUCAGUACACAAGGCAUGAGUAUGCUGCACAUUCAGACCCUUAACUCGAGUGAAGGGUUUGCCCAGCAGACUAGGAGCAUCAUGCAUGGUAUUGUGAAAACCCAGAACAGGUUGGUGAACUGCCCGUGAACUGCCAAUAGGUUAUUUAUACAGUCAUCGCAAAGGUUAGGAGUCUGUUCCAACAGAAUGCUCUUGAUGAGAAAAGAAGAAAAAAAAAAAGGAAGAACAUUUGCCUUUGAAUAGAACAGCUAGAGUGAACACAAUAUUCUAUGGUUCGUGAACGAAAGCCAAAUAUGCAGUACCAUCAGCUCCAUGGUAAAGUAUAGUAGUAGAGACAUAUAUGGUCGGAGAAAUUUUUGUUGAAACAACCUACAUUAACAAUGGUGUCUUUCGUCUCCAGUACACGUCUAUUCACGGGAUUCUAUCGAACGACAAGGGAGCAUUUUGGAAAAUGCUUGAGAAAUCGUCAGCUUUUCACAAGGAGCUGUAUUAUGCAGCGAGAAACCACCACUAUGGAAUCCGUAUACCAUCAGUUUCAAAGGUUUUUGAAAGAUAUCCUGAAGGCAAGUCCAGACAAAUACCCCAAGUCAUAUCACCUGAAGCAGUUCGGUUGGAACGAUUUCAACAAAAUUGGAGCCAUUCACCCUCAUUACCAUGUGGGAUACAGUCUGAUGGCAGCAUUACAGCUGCAUUCGCCAGUCGCUGCAGAUGGUGAGCCUGAAAAGAGCACCUCUUACUUUGGCCGCUCUUUUAGUCUCAACUUCCGCCCUGCAUACCACUCUACCAAUUUCGUUUCCAGGCCAGUCAGAUACGAUUCCUACAUUGCCUAUCUAGGGAGGGCAUCUACGUACAUCGGCAUUGAACUUCGAGAUGACGAGUCCGACCUGCUUUACAUGACAGGUCAAAUGCAAUGCAUAACGAUUGACCUGAAAGAAAAGAAGCUCGUACCGGUUAGUCUGGAAUCAAUCAAGAAGUAUGAGGGUAAGAUCAUGCUGAAGGAGGCCCCAAAGAGGCAUCAGUUCAUACCCGCGCAGUUUGCGAAAGAUAAUGUCUUCAAGUGGAAGACUGCAACUCAGUGGAGUGACGUGGACCACAAUGGGCAUGUUAAUCAAAUGCCGUACAUGCGUUUCAUCUACGAUGCAGGGAGUUCUGCAGCUGUGGCGGGGUUCCUCAAGUCCUUCCACCGAGAGCUGAUCCACUACAGAUUGAAGACCUACGCUGUGGAGUACAUUAAGGAGAUCCAUCAAGGACAAGAGCUUAAGAUUUUCUGUUGGGAGAUGAAGGAUAGUCCGGGUACAAUCCAUUUUGAAUUUCAUGUUGAAGGCCACGUCGUCAGUAGGAGUCAUCUGAUAUUCGAUGUACAGCAUCUGGCGGAACUUUAGAAUCGAGAUCCCCUUUAGGAGACCUCUUGUCAAAAGACAGAGCAGCGUCUUUCACGCAGGAUUCCUGCAAACUUCUUUUCAUCCCUAAUCCAAAUUAGAACGUAAGACGGUGUGAAAGAAUCGUAAUGGAGUACGCAGAGCGCACUUUGUUAACGCGCCCCCAAUGACCAAGGCGGAUAAAGGGAAUGGACCAAGUCGUUGCCCGACUAGACAUCGCAACUAUAAUCAUUAAUGUCAUCCUUAACACAUUAUUUUUUUCCAAAGUUGAUUACUCUGGACCUGCGUUUUGGAUUUUUUAGGCGAACCGUCUCCGUUUUUAUGGUUUGUUACUUCAUUUGUUUCGCAUAUUAGUCAGAUUCGUUCUUGUUAAAUUGCUUCUUGUUUAAAUCUAGUUUUUCUUGGUGGUGUCUUUUCUCGACUUUAGUAAGGCAUGUAAUUCAAUUGGUUACUCCACUUAAUUACAUAAAUUAGAAUGUAAUGGUAUGCGAGGUUUAUCAUAGUCACACUCUUGGUUUGAAAGUUAUUCAAAAUUAAUCGGAUGGUAUCAUAUCAAACUGUAAUUUCAGGUGUUGUUAUCCUUCAUGUGGUGUACCUUAAUGAUCGAUUCUAGGUCCUUUUUAUUCAUCAUUUUUUCUAUUCUUCGAUUUUUUCAUCGAUAAUCUCCUUAAUAUUUUUGCGAAAAAGGAAAUUCAUAUUGGAACUGAAUUACUAAAUCAACCCGCCUUUAACAAUCAUUUGCAAAAUGGCCCCUUUUCGAAAGAGAAAACAUAACACACAAUCUCGAUAGACAACCAUAUUUGCGGGAGAUCAAAAUGAAUCAUUGUAUAGAAGAUAAUUUAACAAUGUGCCUAUAUUAUGUCGCCACAGUUGACUUGAAAAAAGAUGAAUAUAUAUGUAUAUUGUGUAUUCUAUGUAUAAUAAUGGCUAUAAUGGCUUUCCCGAGUCUAAAGCCUUUUUUUUAGCAAUCACUGCACCGGAACUGACCCUCUGAACUUGACCUUUGCUUUUGACCUUACGGUAGCAUAUACAAGAGAGUACAAUGUAAAUAAUAACAUCUGUAAGGUCAGACUGUGAUGAUUGUUGUGCGAUUUAUUGUUCACAGCGGAUAAUGAAUUUGUUUCCUAUAAAAAAGACUUUGGACUCGGUGAUGAUGAAACAAUAAAGCUCUCAUACGGAAAAAAAAUGAAGAUAACUGUCUGUGGAAUGAUUAUUUCUUCUUUCAUUCGCUUGUCAGAAAAAGGUCCUAAAAAACGACAAAGUUAACAUCGUCACUGAUCAGAGCAUUAUCAAGGAGUGAAUACUGUGUUCCUUUCAGGGGGCGUUUCAUCUAUUUUUUUGUCUGUUUGACAUGUAGUCAGAUUCGACAACAUUCCUUGAAUUUGAUUGGCUGAAAAGCACAGUUCCUAUGGUAACUGCCCCCCCCCCCGAAAUUGUUCAAACUGACAUGCAGUUGUUUAGUGAAAAUGUUCACACAACUCACCGAGAGCGUGCCCGAAAUUCUUCAAUUUUACUUCAGGAAACGCAAAAGCGACCCAAUGACAAGCCCGGUAACUUCGCUCCGGCCCUCACUUCUGAGUUUCUUCGAAAGUUUUUACUCGACUUGCCCCCCCCCCCCCUAAAGAAAAGAAAAUAUCUCGCACACGGCCAUGGACAAAAAUGACUCGUAGCAUAAGACAUUGAGAGAGUUGCGUGAAAGGACCUAUAUCGGGUGUUUUAUCCGACAAUUCAUGUUUUAUCUAACAAUUGCCAUAGAGCUUCUCAGCCGAUCGCAAUGGAGGAAAGUCGAUCCGACAAGUUGUUUGACAAAAAUACUCCCCGGAGAAGUCCUUUUAAGAACCAUUCCCAGUAGUGGUGAUUAGUGGUGAUUAAGGUGAAGAAAUUUAGCAGUACCCUGUCGUAAAUAAGGUGACAACACCAAUAAUGGAAAAUUUUGAAUAAAUACAUUCAUAUUCAUAAUAAAUGAAUAACAAAGAAAUAAAUGAAAAUAACACCAUUUGUCAUUAUUUUGCAUAAAUAGUUAUUUUAAUACCAAAUGAUAUACAUGUACAGCACGAUGUGGUAUAUUUUUUUCAAUCACAGUAUAAGUACAGACUCUUGAACAAUGUGCAUUGUGGUUAUUAUGUGAACAACUUCCUUUGCACGCGUUAUAACACCAAGCAACACGCGUUUAAUUCACACUUUAUUAAGUUCAUGUAAAUGCACCUAUAUAAUUUGGAGGAAACUAUCCUCCGUUACCCUCACACAACUAUCAAUUGAGUCAGACAUCAUCAUUCUUCCUGAAACUGUUUUAUGAAGGUACUAAGAAACAUUCUUCAUGUGGACACCUUAUAAAUAACGUGAC